GGAAGAUUAGAAGAAGAAAGGAUAAGAGAAUGAUAAAAGGAGAGUCGAAACAGAAAGAAAAUGUGUGCUCAUCAACAUCAAGGCAAUAUAAGGACGCACUCUCUCCAAGCAAGUUGUUCACUGAAGCAAGAAGAGCAUUCGAAGAAAGGAGGGCUAUCGAAAAAGAAGGCAAAGCUCUUCACUCGUUCUUUUUCACUUAAUGCUAUAGGGCCAUAACUCACAACAGUAUGACCGGAGAAGAGAUUUCAGUGCUGCGAAACAUGCCUAGCAGUUAUAUUUCAUCUCAGCCCUCGUCUCAUAGCGAUGACAGCUCAUCGUCAAGGUCACACACCUCCCCGGGACAACAUCAACGGUCGCCGCCAACCUCCCCGAGAUACCACGAGCUCAUGACCGUACCCAACGCAUACGAACGCUCCGUGCCGUCAUCGUUCAACUAUCAGCAAACGGUACCUGUGGGGUCGUGGGCGACAUGCGCCUCGGCACCCGACCUUCGUCGCCCCAUGGACAAAUUGGACAUGGGUCCAUCUGGGACCGAUUUGAGUAUGUAUGGGAGCAGCGAGGGCUUCAGCAACUUCCUUAACCUCUCUUCGGACUCUCUGGGGUCUUUGAAAAUUGGAAGUAGCGGUGAACUCCUGCUGGAUAGAGACUCCCUUAGGGGCAGCAGCGGUAUCGGGAGUCAAGGAACGCUCGACAGUGGGUUCGGAUCAACUUUUCUGAGUAGUUUAAUCAACGACCAACAUCAGUUGGGAUCUCUAAAAGAGCUAAGCCACUCCGAGGUCGCCGAUACGCUGUUGUCUCUGAAGCAUUCCCGAAUGAAAAUCAACCCGUACGGACCAUCGGCUGCUUCGGCCCCAGCCAAUCCCUGCGUCGAACAGCCGUAUCAAACUGCGGAAUUGGCAUCAAGCACAGGGUCGCUGCCCGCAAGUAGGGGGACGUCAGAAAGCUACGGUUCUCUCCGGAAUCAUCGCUACCUUAUUUCGGAUUACGAUACCGAACACGAAGACGACGGCCCUCUAUCAAGACCCUUUUCGAGCACGUCUUCGUUGGACCCCACGUCAUAUAGCUACUGGAUAAGGGAACCCCACGGUAGAGGUACGAUCUCAUCAUCUCGCCAUCUUCUUUCCUCCAGUGGAAACCUGAUCGCAAAGGCUCUGUCGACCUCGUCAAUUGGAUUGGUGGAUGGAUAUGAAACGAGUCGUCUACCAGAGACGGCGUACUGGGCCGUCAACCAAUCCACACCUGGUGUGUUUGAAUCUACUAAAGAUCAUUAUAUCGGUGCAGCGAACAACGCCGACUACCACGCCAACAGUCCCGGCAGCAGCGCUCAGCUCUACACCACUCCUGCUCGCGUUGCGACCAUCAAAUCAACUGAACAACUCGACGCCUACUCUUCGGCAUCGCACAGUUCGCUGUCCUCGUCGAGAUCAUCCGUCACGUCUGCAUUCUCGAGCCAGGACGAUGCACGGCUGGGAAUCGCCACCAAGGAGACUUCGUCUUCGUUGACGAAAAUUCAGUCAAACGACUCGUUGAUUCACCGCUGCCAUUUUUGUGAAAAGAAGUUCUCAAGACCCGGAGCCCUGAAGACGCACACGAAGAUCCACUUCGGAGAGAAGCAGUACAUGUGCCACGUGUGUAGCAAGGCUUUCUUCCAAGCCGCCAACCUCAAAGCCCAUCUCAGGGUCCAUAGCGGGGAGAAACCCUUCAGCUGCAACAUAUGCGGCAAAGGUUUUUCACAGAGCUCAUCUGUAAAGACACACGCACGCACGCAUUCUGGUGAACGUCCCUACACAUGCAGGCAGUGUAACAGAUCGUUCUCUGACAACUCCACACUCACCAAACACCAGCGGAUCCACUCGGGCCAGAAGCCCUACACCUGCACUUACUGUCGGCAGUCGUUCUCCCAGUCUGGAAACCUCAGUCGACACAUGAAGAUCCACGAUAAAGCGAAGAACUAGGUCCUCCUCCUUAAUUGACACAUUGCUAUUCUGGAAAGUUAUCGUUAGCCAUGGCAACUUUAUACAUAGGUUUGCCAGGGCACUGGGAACGAUUUUUUUUUUAGAAGGGGGUGCUGGUUUGAGAAAAAAAAAGUUGACUAAAAAAGUUUUCACUCAAAAUGAAGGUUAUUUUUUUAAACACUUUUAGCAUAUCAACCUUAUUUCAAGGGGGUGCUGCCCCCGUUUCCCAGGGCCACAAGUUUUGCUUUCAAUUCAUAUUUUCACUUGAGGAAUAGCUUGUCCUUGGCGCAAUUGUUUCCGCCGGUACUUGUGCAGCCGAGAGGUCAGUGGGAAAGACGAUAUAAUAGGGUUUAUUUACUCAGACCACUCCUCAUGAAAAUUCAUGUUCAUCUUCAUGUUAAGAUGUAUCGUAAUCGACCAGCUCGACUGGUUUGGUUCAAUCAGUAAGUCCAUCUUGCAGUUGAGUUCAUGGACGCGGGUUCCAGUCUCGUCUAGUACGAUUUUCCAAAUAUUUUUUUUCAAUAAAAACUGAGGCAAGACUCUGUAAAAUUACCAGUCCAAGAUUUACAAUCUGAUUCAAAGCCUCCAAACCAGUCUGUUAUGUCGUCAUUCCCACUGCCCUCUCGCGUCUGGUGCAUAAGGACUGACAAAACAAAAUCGCAUCCUGGCAUGCAGGAAUUACUGAUCGUUGAGCAUGGGGGCCCAAUGUUUGCCAUUCUACCAAAUUCUUUUACGUAUGUGUCGUAGCGCUAUAUUAUUCAAAACUAAACUUGAAUAAUGUGAGGAUGAAGAGUUCCUAAUCAGAGGAUCAAAAUUUGCACUCCUUAUGAAUACGCUUUUCGUUCACAAUCAGUUCAUAUUUCACAUUCUAUAGCUCCAGAUUCCUUUAUAAUUUAUUAUUUUUCACAGAUAAUUUGAAAUACAUGUAUAUGAUGUCAUACAUUGUUCGAUCGAAAAAGAAUGCCCCUGUAGCUGUGUCGAGAUUCUGGGAUAAUCCCAAUACGAAUGUUAAUUGUUCACCCUUGAAUGAUUGAAUUGUAAAAAUAUCACUAAUAUUACACCCGGUGUCUUAUAAAAUCACCGUCACACACUCAGCUCCGUGCUAUUUCUUUUAAAACAAAAUGCGUUUAAGUUCAUGAAUUUAAUAUGUUUCU